AUGGCAAAGCGAGCACUCGAGCCUGCCGUUGAUGGCGGGCCUGCUGCUGCGACAAGGACCCGCCGCAAGCGCGCUCGCAAAGAGGUGAUCAACGACAAGUCUCUGCUGCUGAAGCUCCCCGGAGAGUUGAGAAACCGCAUCUACGAGUCCAUCAUGGAAGACGUGAAAGAGUACAAGAAGGGCAAGACUUCAAAAGCACCGAAACGUGAAGGAGCUGGGUAUCGGAACUUCCGCAAUGAUGAACCCAUCCACAUCAAGUACACUUCCAUCAAAUCUCGCAAGCGCUACAAGAGCGUCAAGCAAUGGACAGCCGCCCACGAACGUCGUCCUUACUUCGGUUUGACCCAGGCCUGUCGUAUGCUGCGCGAAGAAUUCCGGCCCAUCUACAUGAGUGAACUUGGGUUCUGUAUUGACCUGCAUGCUGGCCAGUACCUCGCCGCUUUUGGAUCCAACGAAGAAGAACAGAGCAUCGGUCAGUCUGUUGCGAACAUCAUGCAAGUCCCACUCUCGGACGAUGGAGCGGACCUGCUUCCUUUCUUGGAGAGGCUCCGUGAACUGAAGCAACCGCGACUGGACAACUCCCGCGUAACAUACGGUGGACAGCGACACUGGAACCGAGACAUUCUGUUAGCUAUACUUUGUUGCGAGUUUCAGAAGGAUACAGGUGGUCUUGCCAAAGCCAAAACUGGCAUCAUCAAAGUUACUGUCGUCAAUAGUAUGGGAGCAGAACAUUACCUACGAUCGCACGACAUUCCGAUGCUGGUGCUGGAUCUGGAUGCAAAGUUCUUCCCGUCGCAGAACCUACAUGUCAUGGAAGCUCACAUGAGUAUGUUGCUCUAUCGCUUCGAACUGCAAGAGCUCAACGGCAUGUUGACACGGUUUCGUUGUGGGGGUGAGAGCUUCACUUUUUGCUCUCAUGCGGCUGGUUGGUACGGAGACUACCCAACGCAAGUCGUGCUAGUUCGUAACUGA